UUGCUAUAGCGACGAAAUGUCAUCAACUCUUCAGUGAUGCUAUACUCUCUGCAAUGUCGGCGCUCGGCGGUAACGCGAUAAAUGUGUCAUGUGAAUUCGGAAGUUUUUAGUUUUUAAAACGUGUUUAAGUUGAUUAGAGAUUAGGCAUCGCAUGAUCUGAAUUAUAUAUGAAACCAAAAAACUACUUGUGAAAUGAUGGCUGAGAUAAAACGAUUCGUUACUCUUACCAUCGAGCAAAGUUACAAUAGACAUGGAUUACAUUUGGAUAGUCGCUCUGAAGAGGAGUUGGAUAACUUCAUACAUAACCCACAAAUAUUAUUACUUCAAGGCAGCAUAACAAAAGGAGAUUCAAUUUUGCUCCAGACAAAAGUGGAGGGUGAUAAAACUAAAUCAGUGGUAUUUUAUAAAACAGCUCCAGAAGAGCUGACUAAAGAAGAAGCAAUAAACACUAUAAAUAUUAUAACUUUGACCAAUAAUGCUGCAGCAUCUUUGUAUCUGAUUUUGAAGCAAAUCUACACACCAUUGUUGUCUACUACUAAUGAUUUGUAUUCAAGUAAACUACAUAAAAACUUAACAGACCUUCAAUCUGUUUUAAAAAUUCUUACUUAUGGGAAAAAGGAUCAAGAUGUUAUUGUUAUACAAUCAGUGGAAGAUGAAAUGGACUACUGGAAGACUCUGGCUCAGAAGAAGGACGCACAUCAAAAGGAGAGGGAAUCAGCAUCAUCCUUUUGUGAAUUGUUUGAAGAUAUUAGUGAAGAAAUUCAAUCAAUGCCAUCACUUCCUAUGUUGGAGAUCAGGGAAGCUGUGGAAAAUGUGGGAGGAAUGUUGGAUGAUGUUUGGAGAAUCACUGUCAAGCCCUACCCUCAGGAUAGGAUGACGCAUAUCUUGGAUGUUAUAGGGCACAUGAUUUGUAAAGUAAUUGAAAAGGCAUUCGUGAACAUACAUCUUUGGACAGUAAACGGAGAGCCUAAAGACAACGAGGUCCUGACGCUAAUCUCAGAGAGUCUCCACGUGGCGGAGACCUGGACCGGCGCGUGCAGGUCGCUGACGGAGACCUACUGGCCCAACUACGCGCUUCACGCCUGGACUGGCAAAACUUAUGUGCCCACGUUUUGUUUGAACUUUCAGGAUCGGCUAAAACAGAUUCAUGAGAUAAGGUCUACGUACAGCCAAUUAAUUAAGCUACUUACAAACGACGAACGUGCAGAUUUAAAAACGGACAGAAUGUUUGAACCCUUUCAAGGCAUAAAUGUAUGGAUAUGUAAUGGACCAACUCAUGCUUGGGAUGCUGCAGUCUCACGGUUUGCUAUGAACCUUCGACCAGCCGAAGCAAACAUCUCAGAAAAACUAAGACCAAGACUGCACAACACAUCUACUAAACAGAUGUUAUACGAGUUCAUGCGCUACAAGUCGCUUAUAGACAGACCGUUGGUGAAGAUAGCGUUGAACAGUGAACUGGAAAUCUUCAUAUCGUCUCUAAUCUCAAUGCUCAAGUCCAUACAGGCCCAGAUGGACUCGGACGAGGUGGACGUGAAAAUGUACCAGCCGCCAGAAAUGUCCCCGAUAGUACAGCAGGUCCAAUGGGCUAAGCAAAUGGAAGCGAAAGUUAAGGAUAUACAAAUUUGCGCGGAGAAAUAUUUAAAAGAGUUUGAAAACAGUGCUGAAUUACAACAACUUUCAAUGCAAGUGUUAAAAGAUCUUAAGGCGAUGUACACACAGUUACACGAGGACUGGUCUAGAGAUUUGCAGGCGCAAGUUAAAAACGGCAAGCUCCAGCUGUCCUUAGACAAGCCCGUUGUCGAGUUCUCCGCCCAGAGCAAGAUGAUGGUCGUGAACUACAACCCUCGCUUGGUAUGGGCGGGGCUAGAGGCGCGCGCACUAGCGGCGCUGGGGCUGCCCCCGCCGCCCGCCGCCGCGCUCGUGGACGCCGCGGCGGCUGCCCUGCACCACGCGCGCGCCCUGCAGCAGGUGGCAUCAUUUCAUAACACUCUUGGCGAGCGCAUGAUCCCGUCGACGCGGCCGCUGAUGCUGCAGGCCGCCCUUGACCUGUCCACACUCGUCCAGGACCAGCGCGCCGUCUACUGGAACGACGAGCAGCAGCUCCGCAGCUACACCGACAAGCUGAAGAGCGCCGUUUUCCAGCUGGAAUCGCAGAAUACUUACUUGACAAACCAGCACAUUGCGAUUCGGGGCAUAGUUGAAAGCUUAAUGGACACUGAGCUGUUAGCAAAACAAGCCGAGUGGAAGAAGAAAAUUAAAAAUAUAAGAGAUAUCAUUGAGGCGGUUGAAGCUAACGGGUACAAGAACACAGAGCUAUGGAGGUCCCAUUGGGACUGGCAGCUGUACAAAGCUCUCGAGUGCCAGUACAUAAAGACACUCCUGUCUCUACACAAGCACUUCCCGCCGGUCAAGGUUGAUUUGGUUCUGCGAGGCCGCACAGUACGCGUGCAACCGCCCUUAGAAGAGAUCCGCGUGCAACACUACCACCAGCUACGACGGCUGGUGGCGUUGCCCGCUCAAUUCGUGGGACUACACACAGCCGGGGACUCCAUAUUCACCGCCAUCGCCGACAAGCACAGCUGGCUCGGCAACAAAGCAGUGAAGCAGCUGGAAGCGGCCAUGAGUGGCGUGGAGCGCGCCCGCGAGGCGUGGACGCGGCGCGCCGCGCUGGCCUGCGUGGCCGACCUGCACGCCUUGUGCGGGGAGCUUCUCAAGGAGCCCGCCGACUGGGAAGCUAACUUCAAGGCUUGCAAGGCCUAUGGACAGGCGGUCGCGAAAAUGGCUUUCGACGACGAGAAAAUAGACUGGAUAGUGGUCGUAACAGCGACGCUGCGGCACGAGUUCGAAGCGCAAGCCCGCAACCUGUGGAGCUGCCUCAUGUCGUGGCUGCAGGCCAGCUGCCGCGCCGCCGCCGCCGCGCUGCACGCCUUCAUGGCGCGCGCCGAGCGAGCGCUCGAGGACAGACAGGUGCCGAAGAACGCCAAGGAGCUGGCGGAGAUAAGCGCUAACCAGCAAGUAUUGCGGGAGAAAAUGCCCGAGAUGGAGAAGACCGUGGAAAGCCUGAAGAAGAAAGGCAAUAUGCUGCGCACUUGGGGCGGAGAUGCUUCCGUCGAUGGGACUAUAAAAGAGUGGCAGAAGAUUCAAGAAUUGAUGCAGAGCCAACAACAAAUGUUUGAACACCAGGCGGAAAUAGUAAAAGCAAGCUUAAGCGGCGAAUGGGAAAACUUGAACGGCGGCCUGGAGUCGUGGGCGUCGCGCUGGGCGCAGGCGCGCGCGCGGCUCGGCGACGCGCGCGGCGCCUCCUACCGGGACAUGGUCGCCAGGUGUCGCUGCGUGCUCGAGGCGCACGCGCACUGGGGGAAGCUGCAAGCGGAUAAGGACGAGCUGCUGAAGGAAUGCGAGAAGUUCAACAUGGCACCGACCGUAUCUGGCUCGUGGGAGCAAGCUGAAAAACUCAUUACGGAAGAUAUUAACCUUUGGGCGGUGAUGAAAGAGUACAAUGAAGAUUUUGAAUCUAUCGCUGAACAGGACUGGAUUGUAUUCCACAAGAAACUACAUCUGCUCGAUGACUUCACGUCCAAAUGGAGCUCGAAACUGGAACCGUAUACAACAGUCACUUUAUAUUUGAAGCAGGAACUGGAUAAGUAUUCUGAUUUGUCCACAUUACUGAAGUAUCUUCGCGGUACCGACUUCACCGAGCGUCACUGGCACGAGGUCUACAGUAUUUUAGAAAUGGAAUACAAAAAACCAGAUAGCCUCCAAGUGAAGGACCUCUUGAGUGCUGCGGCCAAUAUAAAGAGGCACAUCAAACUUCUGCAGAAAAUAAGUACAAGCGCGUCCAACGAAUCGGCGAUCCGAAGCGCGCUGAACGAGCUGGAAAUUUGGUUCGCGGGCGCGCGCCUCGCCGUCACCUACUACAACGACAAAGCCAAGCGGCCCGUGCCCAUUGUCAAGGAUUUCAAAGAGAUACUCACUAAGAUCGAAGAGCAACAGUGGGUGGUGUCGUCGGUCGGCGCCGACGCCGGUGAUGCGAGCGCGGCGUGGGACUCGAGGCUGCGAGCAGCGCGCCAACUCGUGAGGGCCGCGAGCCAUGCGCAAAGAAGAUGGUUAUACCUAGAGCCGAUCUUGUCCAACGAUGAAGGCGAGCUAGGUAUAAAGUUCCGGAAGGUCGACCAAGGAUUUCGACAGGCCACACGCAUUUUCGAGGCGGACCCUAGGCUAUCGGUGCUGUUGCAAUCGGCCCGUCUGCAAUCAAUGCUGGAUUCCAUUUCUGAGCAAUUACAUGCUUGCCAAUCUGCACUCAAACAGUAUAUGGACGAAAAGCGCUCUAUCUUCCCGAGGUUAUAUUUUCUGAGCGAUGACGAUUUGUUAGAGUUACUCGGUCAAGCACGAGCGGGGGCCGAGGGUCGAGAGGCGGUCAUGCAGACGCAUCUGAAGAAAUUGUUCCCGGGGACUAGUGGAGUGCGGCUGGGGCCUGGAAACAUGUCGAUUACGGCACUGUGUAGUCUUUACGGCGAAACGUUUCAGCUUGACCACCCGGUCGACAUAGAUUGUCCUGUCGAGGUUUGGCUCAAGAACUUGGAAACGGAAAUGCGUUUAUCUUUGAAGAAUAUGACUAUAAAAUGUGUCGUUUCCAGUUCUCUACAGGAGCAGGAUCCAUUUUCGCUUCCGACUCAAAUACUUUGCCUAGCUCAGAACAUACGUUUUACGGAACAAGCCGAGAAAGCUAUUGUUUCGAAAGAUCUUCACAAAUUAAUGGCUAACAUCGAGAAAGAAAGUGCAUACUACGCUGCCACUGAAAUUGAGGAUGAAAGCGAGAAGCAGAAGCGACAGGCACUCCUCUUACAGUGUGCUUAUUACAUUAAUGUAGUUCGUACAUUGAUUAGCAACAAUGUUGUCGCUACUAGUGAUUGGCUGUGGCAGAAGCACCUCAGAUUCUACAUACAGAGUUCCAAAGAAGUUAUUGCUAAAAUGGGGUUAGCCCAGAUUUCUUACUCGUAUGAGUAUCUCGGGAUCAAUACAGGCCAGUUUGUUCGAACCGAAUUGGCUGAUGAAUGCUUUUUGAUACUGACUCAGUCAUUGCAUCUUGGUUUGAUGGGAAACCCAUUUGGGCCAGCCGGGACGGGAAAAACUGAGUCAGUUAAAGCACUGGGCGGUCUAGUUGGACGCUUAGUCCUGGUUUUCAAUUGCGAUGAGGCAAUGGACACAGAAUGCAUGGGUCGGCUGCUCAGCGGCCUGGCGUUGUGCGGCGCUUGGGGCUGCUUCGACGAGUUCAACCGGCUGACCACUGAUACACUCGCUAACAUCUCACACCAGUUAGCUUCGCUGCUGGCCGCUAUGCGAGAAAACACAGGGCAGGCCACGGCGUUGCUCAAUGGGAAACACGUGACCGUAUCCCAAUGGUGCGGCGUGGCAGCAACCAUGAAUCCUGUGGGAAGAGGCUACGGUGGGCGCCGCGCGCUGCCGGCGGCCUUGGAGCGAGUGCUGCGGCCCGUGGCCAUGGUGGAGCCGAGAGGAGACCAGCUGGCGAGGCACCUCCUCGCGGCGCAGUGCGUCACCGACGCUGAGACGCUGGCAGAGGACUUAUAUGCCGUUUUUUCUAUGGCCAGCACGCUGCUGGGCGGGCAGCGGCACUACGACUGGGGCCUGCGCGCGCUGAAGGCGGCGGUGGGCAGCGCGGGCGCGGCGCUGGCGGCGCGGCCCGCGCGGCCCGCGGCCCCGCGCGCGCGCCGCGCCGCGCUGCGCCGGGUGCUGCGCCUCAACAACGUGUCCAAGCUCACCGCCCCGGACAGGGGGAGGUUCGAGAAUAUCUUGUCGCUGGUAUUUGCUGACGUACCCCAAGAAGAGCACGCUACGGAUCCGAUAAGUUCCGCCCUCGACGCUUCCGUCGCAUCGCUCGGUCUUGUGCAUAAUAAGCUUCAGGUUCAAAAAUGCAUCGAGUUGUAUGAGCAGAUGCAACAGAGAAUGGGCGUGGUCGUAGUCGGACCCCCCGGAUGUGGGAAGUCAACCAUCAGAAAACUUCUAAAGACAGCUCUUGUGCAACAAGGCAGGAACAUAGUGGAGUACACGAUGAGCCCGAAGGCGAUGAGCCGCAGCUGGCUGCUGGGCCACAUCGACCCCGAUACGCGGCAGUGGAGCGACGGCGUCAUCUCCGCCACCGCGCUGCAGGUGUCCAACCAAUCUGCAGACGUAUGGUGUUGGGUGGUAAUGGACGGCGACGUGGACCCGUCGUGGGUGGAGGCGCUGAACUCGGUGCUGGACGACAACCGGCUGCUGACGCUGCCGUCCGGCUGGCGCGUACAGUUCGGCGCCAACGUCACCUUCCUGUUCGAGACGCACGGCCUGGACCACGCCUCGCCCGCCACGCUGUCCCGGCUGGGGGUCAUUCUGAUGAGCAAAGAAAGCAGCGGUAUAGAAGAGGUUAUGGAAAACUGGAUGCGAAAAGCCGAGUUUGAUAAUGAACUGGCAAAGAUGGCACUGUCGUCAUUGCAGCAAGCCAUUAAGAAAUGCAUCCAUUGGUUUAACACACAUAAAUCUGAUGUUGUUAUAAAGAUAUACAAUCUGUCAGUUGUAAAACAUAUACUAACUCAGUUUGAAUACAUUGCUCAGAACGAACUGACCGGCGUUAAUAAAACACCUGAAGAAUUGAUUUACUUGGCCAUAGAAAGAAGUGUUGCAAGCAUAAUCAAACCAAAUGCUAUUGACAAGUUCCAUGAGGAGAUGUCCGACGUGCUGGGCCCGCCGCUGCCGCGCCCCGUACUCCCGGCAGGCUGGGUGACGGAAGCUCUCUACUUAUCUCCGCGACUGGCCGCUGUCGAACCGACAGUCAGAGCGUGCUUCGCGUCUGAUGAUUCGCACCUACUCAUGAUUGGACCUGAUGCUUGUGCCAAGAAUUUAUUAGCUGAGUACGUUGCGAAAGAGAGCAACGGGACGGUGAUAACUAUAGCUUGCACACCAAUAUUGGAGCCUACAGAUAUCAUUGCGGAACUGAGAAGGAACAACGUGGUGGGGUCCGGCGGGCGCGGCGGUGGGUCUCGCUUCACGCUUGUAGUCCGCUCCCUGCACCGCGCCUCCGUCGACGCUUGGGGCAGCAGCGCCGUGUGCUCCUUCCUGCUGCAGGUGUGUGCCAUGUCAUGUCAGGUGUACCAGUCCUCGUGUCCGACACAACGUGGUGGGGUCCGGCGGGCGCGGCGGUGGGUCUCGCUUCACGCUUGUAGUCCGCUCCCUGCACCGCGCCUCCGUCGACGCGUGGGGCAGCAGCGCCGUGUGCUCCUUCCUGCUGCAGGUGUGUGCCAUGUCAUGUCAGGUGUACCAGUCCUCGUGUCCGACGCAACGUGGUGGGGUCCGGCGGGCGCGGCGGUGGGUCUCGCUUCACGCUUGUGUACCAGUCCUCGUGUCCGACGCAACGUGGUGGGGUCCGGCGGGCGCGGCGGUGGGUCUCGCUUCACGCUUGUAGUCCGCUCCCUGCACCGCGCCUCCGUCGACGCUUGGGGCAGCAGCGCCGUGUGCUCCUUCCUGCUGCAGUCCGCUCCCUGCACCGCGCCUCCGUCGACGCGUGGGGCAGCAGCGCCGUGUGCUCCUUCCUGCUGCAGGUGUGUGCUAUGUCAUGUCAGGUGUACCAGUCCUCGUGUCCGACGCAACGUGGUGGGGUCCGGCGGGCGCGGCGGUGGGUCUCGCUUCACGGUUGUAGUCCGCUCCCUGCACCGCGCCUCCGUCGACGCGUGGGGCAGCAGCGCCGUGUGCUCCUUCCUGCUGCAGCUGAUAAACUGGUCGGGGUUCUGGAUGCGAGGCUCGGAGGAGGAGGGCAUGCAGUGGGCGGGCGCGGCGCGCGUGCGCGUGCUGGCCACGGCCGCCGCGCCGCCCGCGCCGCGCCUGCACGCGCGCCUGGCCACCGUGCUGCUGCCAGAACCGGAUGAUGACGAAAUGUUAGAACUGGCAAGAGUUUAUCUGAGACAAAGUACGGAUAAAAAUAUCAGUGACACCGAUAUAUCUGGAUUGGCUUCCAACGUCUUAUCAAUGUUUAAAGAGGUCACGGAAACAUUUCGAACGAAGCUGCAUUACUACUGGAACGCAUCACAUUUCAAGCAGUGGUGUGAAAAUAUUCAAUGGUAUUCACCGUCCAAUGUGGCAGAAUUGAUCACGGCCUUAGUCGCAGAAGCAAACAGCAUCUUUAAAGAUCGCCUAGCAUCUGAAGAAGAAAAGGCCUCCUACAAUUCAAUAUUUAGAAGUUUCUUCAAAGGUAUAUACAACGAAGGAUUGCUGUUUGUGACCAAGUUGCGUAGUGACGGUGUUUACAUGGAGGCAGUGGAUAAUCGAGAAUGGUACCACACCACGCAGAAAUAUAUCAACCAAUGCUUGUCCGAACGUGAGCAAAGCGUUUUCGGUGAGGACGGCGCAGAGGUUUGCUUAGAACUUGCCACAUUGUGUCCAGCGUUUGCUAGAGCAACCAACGGGGGCGUAGUGGUGUGCGUGGGCAGCGCGGGCACGGGGCGACGCGCGGCGGCGCUCGUGGCGGCCGCGGCGCUGCCCGCCGCGCUGUUCACUGUCACCCGUGACCUGGACUUCAACCCGCACUUCAAGAAUGCGCUAUCUUCAUCGUGCGAGGGUUCACGCACACUGGUAUUAGUGCGGGAAAGUGCGGUAAAUCACACCACUUUAGCUUCUAUCGAGGCUUUGCAUCGUGCGCAAUCGACGCAUUGCAUACCGGCCCACAUUAUGCCGACGUUUAAUAACACGCCGCAAACACAGGUUCUGCAAAACAUAAAACAAAACUUGGGCAUAGUCAUAUGCCUGGACAAAGACCAAGAUGAUCUAUUUGAACUGAUGGAAAAGUUCCCGCUGCUUUACAAAGACAGUCACCUCAUCUGGAUAGAGCGGUGGUGCGGCGACACCCUGGCGCAGAUGCCUCAGUUGGUCAUUCAGAGGUUAAUAAAAGACAGCCUAUCGGACUCACCCAAGAAGCAGCACGAAGCGAUACCUGUAGAGGGAUUUGUGAGCAUAUACUCCAGUCUCGAUGUCGAGUGGAUGAAGGCUCCUUGUCGAUAUAUAGGCUUCAUUAAAACUUACUUCUAUAUCGUUAGUCGGAAGAAGGAAGCUUUGGUGCAGAGGAAAACUAUGCUUUCGGCAGGUGUUGAAGCACUCAAGCGCGCGCGGAGCGAAGUGGCCACACUCCAAGCAGAAGCAGCGCAGCAAGAGGCAGCCCUGUCGGAGAAGCAAGCCGCCGCCAACCAGGCGCUCGAUCAGAUCGGCGCCACCGUGCGCGCCACCACCGACAAGAAGGAGGAGAUGCACGCGCUCAAGCAGAGCAUCGAGCAGGAAAACUCCAAGCUGCAAAUACGAAAGCAAGAAAUAGAAAAGGAAUUAGCGUCUGUGGAGCCGGUCAUCGCGGCUGCCCGGGCGGCGGUGGGAGACAUACGUCCGGAGUCGUUAAGCGAAAUCCGUUCGUUACGGGCGCCCCCGGAUGUGGUCCGCGACGUGCUGGAGGGGGUGCUGCGGCUGAUGGGCAUCGCUGACACCUCUUGGCAUUCCAUGAAGAAUUUUCUAUCAAAACGGGGCGUUAAGGAAGAUAUUAGAUGCCUGGACGCUCGGCAGAUCAGCCCCGCGGCGGCGGCGUCCGUGGCGCGGCUGCUGGAGCGGCGCGGCGCGUCGUUCGAGCCGGCGGCGGCGCGCAGGGCCAGCGCCGCCGCCGCGCCGCUCGCCGCCUGGGUGCGCGCCAACCUCGCCUACGCCGCCGCGCUCGACAAAGUGCAGCCGCUGCAGCUGCAGCAGGCUCAGCUACACCGAAACCUUCAAGAAGCGGAGGGGCAACUGGCGGCUCUGUCCAGCGGGCUGGCCACAGUGGACGAGCGCGUGUCGGCGCUGAAGGAGCAGCUCGGCCAGCACACGCGCGACGCGGCCGCGCUCGAGCUGCGGCUGGCCACCGCGCAGGCCACCAUCCGCGCCGCGCGCACGCUGCUCGACCAGCUGCGCCACGAGUACGCGGCCUGGGAGACGGACCUCGAAUACAUAUCGAAGGAAAUAUCAGAAAUAGAUUUGAGGUCUUUGUUAGCUGCUGCAUAUAUCAUCUACCUGCCUGAUGUCACCGAACCUAAAGCCAUGGAGUAUAUCUCUAAAUGGAGUGUGCUGCUAGGUUUCGAAGACCAAUCAUUUUCGCCAAUAAAUUUCCUAGCAAGCACGGAAAAGCAGCUAAAAUGGGAUGCAGACGGCUUGCCCUCAGAUACUUCCGCGGUCAAGAACGCCGUUAUCAUUGACCAAUAUCUGGAGUCAAAUAAGUGCGGCUUUAUGCCUCUGAUCAUAGACCCUGACGGAGAAGCCAUUUCUUGGCUCAAGAGCGCCUUAGUAGACACCGCCUGCGACUUCGUGGCGCAAGACAGCGAAAAAUUACAAACAGCUCUGCAAUAUGCCGUGAGGCUGGGCCGCACGCUGGUAAUAACGGAGGUGACGGAGGUCCGGCCGGCGUGGCUGGCGGGCGGCCGCCUGCUGCUGCUGGGCCGCGACGCCGCGGCGGCGGCGCGCCUGCCGCCGCACCAGGCCGCGCGCCUCGCGCGCCUGCUGUUCGCCGCGCGCCGCCCGGGGCUCACCGAUCAACUAAUUAAUUACGCACUACAACAGCAAUACCCUGAGAUUAAUGAAAAAAUGAAGGAAAUAAAACUAAAAAAAGCUAUCAUGCAAAAACAACAACAUGAACUACAGGAGAACCUUUUGAAGGAUUUAUCAGCCAACGGCGAUAUCCUUCACGACGCUAACUUGCUCGCGUCGCUCAACAAAACUCGCGCCACCAGCGCUACCAUCGCCGAAGCGCUCGAGGCAGCUCGCGCCAUCGAGGAUGAGACCCAGGCCGCUAGCCGCGCAUUUGCGUCGUCCGCGUCGCGCGCCGCCAACGUGGCGUUGGCUGUGAAGCAGCUGGCCGCUCGGAGGCCGCUGCUGGCGCUGCACGUGGACACCGUGCUGCAGCUGUACGGCGCCGCGCUGGCUCGGCUGCCAAAGAAAAGCAAACCAAAAGAUGAAGAAGUGAUCAAAUAUUUAAUGAGAAGGAUCGUCGAGCGUGUCCUUUUAAGUUUGCACAAAAAGGAUAAAUACAUUGUUGUAUUGUACCUCCUGAGACAGGUUUAUGUCCAUCUUAUACCGGAGAAGCUUUGGCAAAUGUUCAUUGGAAGCAGCGGGUUUAUCGAAGAUCUCACAGUUGUUAAUGAAAUAAAGAAAAUACAUCCUUGGAUACAAAGUGAAUAUGUUAAGAAAAUAGCGCAACUCAAGAUAACUAAUGAAGAGUUAUUCAAUAAAAUGUGUCUAAGCGACGAAGCCGUGUGGAAGAAAUUUCAGAGCUCGGGAGACGUAGCCGACAUCAGCAAAUUGAAGCUCACUGAGUUCGAGGUGGUGUUAGCGGUGGCACUGUUGAGGCCCGAAAGUCUGUACAGAGCCAUUGUGACUUUUGUUGACCAAUUGCUUGGCACGGGGGUGAUGUCGGGCGGUGACACUAUACCGCGCGCGGCGCGCUGGGGCGGCGCGCGGCCCGUACUGCUGCUGGGCGCGCACGCCGCCGACGUGCUCGCCGCACACGCGCCACACCUCACGCAAGUCGGUAUAGAAGAAGGCCGCGUGGCGUGGGAAGCCAGCGUGGCCGCGGCACGGAACGGAUGGCUUGCGCUCAUCGUCGGCGCCUCGCCCUUCACGGCUGAGCUGCAGGCGUUCCUCGACGCCCGAGCAAGGGCACCGGUUGAAGAAUCAAACCCCGACUUCCGUCUAUGGAUCGUAUCUGAAGAUCGCGAGAUCCCUCCUGUCAUAUCCAACACUUGUGUUAACGUCAUUAUUGAGGCGCCCGAAGGCGUGAAGCCCAACGUGCUGAGCACGCUGUCGGCGUGGGCGCAAUACUCCGGCGACGUGCGCGUGGUGCGCGCGCACGCUUGCCUCGCUCUGCUGCACGCCAUUGUCCAGGAGCGCCGAGCUUACAUCCCGCAAGGCUGGAGCCGGUGGUACGCGUGGGAGUGGGGCGAGGUGCGCGCGAGCACGCUAGUGCUGCGUGCGGGCGGGCCGCGCGCGCUGGUGGGCGCGCUGUACGGCGCGCGCGCGGCGGCGGCGCCCGACCGCGCGCUGCUGCAGGCGCUGCUGCGCGCCUGCCUCGACGAGCCCGCGCUCGCGCACGGCUGGCGAGGGCCCGCGCCCGACCACGCGCCGCUGCGGCUGCCCUUCACCACUGAACUACAGGCAUACAGCUCCGCAUUCAACGAGCUGCCCGACAUCGACUCGCCACAACUGUUGGGUCUGCCUGCUAACUGCCGGCUGGCGUGGGAGAAGAACGCCGCCGAAGAUAUCAUUGCGGGUCUGAAAGAGCUGAACUCGACUGUGGUGACGAGCCGACAACGCGGAGAUUCUACAGCCCUGAAGAGCCUCCUAGCUCUGUGGAAGAAGCUCAUGUCUGGAAACCCUCUUCUCAAGGGAGAAUAUCAACCGGAACAGGAGAGCGGUGGCUGGUGGGGCGCGGUCGUCGGCGGCGAGGCGCGCGAGGCGGCGCACGCAGCGUGCGCCAUCCACGCGGCGCUCGGCAAGCUCGCGCGCGCCGGACAUGCGCCGGCCGCGCUGCUCAGGACUCCAGAAGAAUGGCAGCUGCUGUGGUCCGGGCCAGAGGCGCCGGACGCCUACCUCAAGGAGUUCUGUCACCGCGCGCUCGCCGCCGCGCGCAACGUCGCUCCGCUCGACGAUGACUACAUGCCUAAAGAGGUGGACCUGCGCUGCUUCCUGCGGCCGGAGCGCGUGCUGUGCGCGGUGCGCGCGCGCGCCGCCUCGCGCCCCCCGCACGCCUCGCACAAGCUCGCGCUGCAAGUCGUCUGGGAUCCUGCCGAUGGUGGCGACGGCGACGCCGCCUCGUCGCUGGGCGUGGUGGGGCUGCGGCUGACGGGCGCGCGCUGGGACGCGGCGGCGCGCGCGCUGCGCCCGUGCGCGCCCGCCUGCGCGCCGCACGCGCCCGCGCCGCGCCUGCUGCUGCGGCCGGGCCAGGUGUGUACUGUGGGGAGUGUAGCCUACUGUCACCAGAGGGGGGACGGCGCGCCGCCUCAGGGGGGACGGCGCGCCGCCUCGUCGCUGGGCGUGGUGGGGCUGCGGCUGACGGGCGCGCGCUGGGACGCGGCGGCGCGCGCGCUGCGCCCGUGCGCGCCCGCCUGCGCGCCGCACGCGCCCGCGCCGCGCCUGCUGCUGCGGCCGGGCCAGGGGGGACGGCGCGCCGCCUCGUCGCUGGGCGUGGUGGGGCUGCGGCUGACGGGCGCGCGCUGGGACGCGGCGGCGCGCGCGCUGCGCCCGUGCGCGCCCGCCUGCGCGCCGCACGCGCCCGCGCCGCGCCUGCUGCUGCGGCCGGGCCAGGGGGGACGGCGCGCCGCCUCGUCGCUGGGCGUGGUGGGGCUGCGGCUGACGGGCGCGCGCUGGGACGCGGCGGCGCGCGCGCUGCGCCCGUGCGCGCUGCGCCCGUGCGCGCCCGCCUGCGCGCCGCACGCGCCCGCGCCGCGCCUGCUGCUGCGGCCGGGCCAGGGGGGACGGCGCGCCGCCUCGUCGCUGGGCGUGGUGGGUUUGCGGCUGACGGGCGCGCGCUGGGACGCGGCGGCGCGCGCGCUGCGCCCGUGCGCGCCCGCCUGCGCGCCGCACGCGCCCGCGCCGCGCCUGCUGCUGCGGCCGGGCCAGGGGGGACGGCGCGCCGCCUCGUCGCUGGGCGUGGUGGGGCUGCGGCUGACGGGCGCGCGCUGGGACGCGGCGGCGCGCGCGCUGCGCCCGUGCGCGCCCGCCUGCGCGCCGCACGCGCCCGCGCCGCGCCUGCUGCUGCGGCCGGGCCAGGGGGGACGGCGCGCCGCCUCGUCGCUGGGCGUGGUGGGGCUGCGGCUGACGGGCGCGCGCUGGGACGCGGCGGCGCGCGCGCUGCGCCCGUGCGCGCUGCGCCCGUGCGCGCCCGCCUGCGCGCCGCACGCGCCCCCUACUGUCACCAGAGGGGGGACGGCGCGCCGCCUCGUCGCUGGGCGUGGUGGGUUUGCGGCUGACGGGCGCGCGCUGGGACGCGGCGGCGCGCGCGCUGCGCCCGUGCGCGCCCGCCUGCGCGCCGCACGCGCCCGCGCCGCGCCUGCUGCUGCGGCCGGGCCAGGUGUGUACUGUGGGGAGUGUAGCCUACUGUCACCAGAGGGGGGACGGCGCGCCGCCUCGUCGCUGGGCGUGGUGGGGCUGCGGCUGACGGGCGCGCGCUGGGACGCGGCGGCGCGCGCGCUGCGCCCGUGCGCGCCCGCCUGCGCGCCGCACGCGCCCGCGCCGCGCCUGCUGCUGCGGCCGGGCCAGGAAUCGGCAUUGGCUGGCGAGACUUCGUUCGAGAUCCCCGUGUACAACAACGAAGCCCGCGAGCAAGUGCUAUUCACCGCCCGGGCGCCGCUCCACCACACCUUGUCGCGAGACACGGCGCUGCUGAACGCCGCGGCGCUGUUCGUCGCGCGGGCGGACUAGACUAGAGGUCACGUCACCGGUACCACUCUCGCUCAUUACCGUCAACUUUGCACAGUCAACACUAGGACCCGCCUGGAUAUUAAUGAGGUCGCUUAAAUAUCUGUAGGUAAAAUACGAUUGAUCUCAUCUGGACAGUUUGACUACAAUAGGUCUAAGUUUUUUCUUAAUACCAAUAAAUAAGUAGUGAAGA